AUGGCUGACGUCAGCGCGAGAUGCUCUGAGCGGCGUUACUCCCGACGCGCUGCUUCUGCUACCACCAGCGCUGGCGCUGAUCUGCCGAGAGCCAGUGCUGAAGCGGUGGACGUGGCGAGGGCCGAUGCUGAUGUGGCGGAACAUGACGGUGACGUGGCGAGCGCAGGGAGCACGAGGGAGGCGGCGGUGGCAGCGGGGCGCGGGAAGGGUCUGCUGGCGUUCUACGCGGACCACCACGUGGUGCCCCUACCCGCCGGCCACCGCUUCCCCAUGGACAAGUGCGCUCCGCGUCUCGAGUCGCCAGGAAUGAUAUACCGCAGCACUCGCCUUCUCCUGCAGUCAGAUGCAUCUCUAGAUCGUAUCCUGGCCGUCCAUCCUGCACCUCUUGUCUCAUGGGUGGAGCUUCAGCAGCUACUUGACGCGGCUAUUCACACACGCGCUCUCAGAGCAGGAGCAGCGAGUGCUGGGCUUCCCCUGGUCGCCGCACCUGCUGCUGCGCUCACAGGCCUCGUGCGGUGUGACUCAAAUUCAUCCCAACCACCACCCGCUCGUUCCCUCUUCCCCGCCAGCGGCACUGUAGCAGCCACCCACGCGGUGCUGAUGGGGCUCAGGCGGGCGGCGGGGGUGCUGGCGGGCGGCACACACCAUGCGUUCCGGGGGCACGGGGAGGGCUUCUGUGUGUUCAACGACAUAGCAGUGGCAGCGCUGGCAGCACUCACGCACCACCCCACCGUCUGCAAUGCCGACCGGCCCAUCCUGGCCCUUGAUCUCGACGUGCACCAGGUGCACACCGCCACCUUCAGCAGCAGCAUGCACAGCCGUGUGUGUGUGGAGCGCCACACCACUCUCCUCUCUUUCUCUUGCUUCGACGCCCCCCCUCUUCCUCAGUUUCCACCACCGCACUCCCCGUUCCUCCUCGUCCCUCAGUGCCUCUCUCGUUUCGGCAACGGCACGGCGAGCAUAUUCGAGGGCGACCCGCGAGUGGUGACAUUCUCAAUGCACGGCGCCAACAACUACCCGUGGCGCUCCAAGCGCCGCUCCGACUACGAUGUGGAGCUGCCCGACGACACGGGGGAUGCUGCUUACCUCUCCCUGCUCGAACAGUGGCUUCCGAAGCUGUUUGAGCACCACCGGCCGAGCCUCGUCAUGUUCCAGGCAGGGGUGGAUGCUCUUAAAGAGGACAGUUUUGGCAGGCUUGCAAUGACAAGGGCUGGCAUGCUGCGGAGGAACAACAUGGUAUACAGUGCUUGUAUCGACAACCACGUGCCCUGCAAUCCUCCGCGCUUCGUGCUUGCCUCUGCUCUCGCCUCGUACAACCUCGUCUAUAUAUCGCACUGCGCACCGAUGGCUGCUGCUCCGCCUCUUACAGCUAGUCCGAGCAAGGCGGCGUCACCGUGCGCGGGCGGGGAGGUCGCGCCAGCCAUCCCAGGCAUGACGCUGAGCCCGCAUAAGCCGACCUCCGCCGCCGCCGCCGCCACCGCGGAAGGGCCGCUCUCCAUCGUCAUCUUCGGCGCGUCGGGCGACUUGGCGAAGAAGAAGACGUUCCCCGCGCUCUUUAAUCUCUUCCAGCAUGGCUUUCUCCCCGCUGGAGAGAUCCGCAUCUUCGGAUACGCGCGCUCGCCGAUGACGGCGGAGCAGCUGCGCGAGAAAAUCAAGGGCUACCUCAAGCCCAAGGGCGACACGGCCCCCGCCCAGGACCCCGUUGCAGAUUUCCUCAGCGUGGUGGAGUACAUCCACGGCCCCUACGACGGCCGGGACGGCUACGCCAAGCUGCAGGAGGCCAUGCUCGCAUUCGAAAACACCACCGCUCCCACCGCCACCACCAGCGACAGUACCACUGGCACCACCAGUGACAGCAGCAGCGGGGCGACGAGGCGGCUGUUCUAUCUGGCGCUGCCGCCGUCGGUGUACCCGCCGGUGUGCGCGGAGGUGCGGCGGUACUGCAUGAACGCACGCGGGUGGACGCGCGUCAUCGUGGAGAAGCCGUUUGGGCGCGACCUGGCGAGCGCGGAGGCGCUGAGCGGCGAGCUGGGGGCGCUGUUCAGCGAGGAGCAGAUCUACCGCAUCGACCACUACCUGGGGAAGGAGGUCGUCCAGAACCUGUUGGUGAUGCGCUUUGCCAAUCGCUUCUUCGUGCCGCUGUGGAACCGAGAAAAUGUCGCCAACGUGCAGGUGGGUGGUGGGUGCACGCACGUGACACGUGGUAUGCGUAUUGUGUUCAGGGAGGACUUUGGCACGGAGGGCCGCGGAGGCUACUUUGACCAGUAUGGGUGGGUGUGCCGUCCCCCCCCCCCCCUGCCUCUCCUCUGCCCUCUCACUCGCGGCCUCCCACUGCUUCUUGCCAUUUUAAUUGCUCCUCUCACUGCUUCUUGUCAUUGCAGCCCAUGUGGUGCUUCUUGUCAUUGCAGCCAUGUGGUGCUUCUUGUCAUUGCAGCCAUGUGGUGCUUCUUGUCAUUGCAGCCAUGUGGUGCUUCUUGUCAUUGCAGCCAUGUGGUGCUUCUUGUCAUUGCAGCCAUGUGGUGCUUCUUGUCAUUGCAGCCAUGUGGUGCUUCUUGUCAUUGCAGCCAUGUGGUGCUUCUUGUCAUUGCAGCCAUGUGGUGCUUCUUGUCAUUGCAGCCAUGUGGUGCUUCUUGUCAUUGCAGCCAUGUGGUGCUUCUGAUAUCUGACUCUGCGCUUCUGUCGUUUCCAUCCCCUCGCUCCUCCUUCCCCUUGUGCAGCAUCAUUCGGGACAUCAUUCAGAACCAUCUCAUGCAGGUGCGCCGCCCCUCUUGCCCUCUCCAUCGCAUGCCAUUCUCACCUGCCGCCCCUUUUUCCACUCGGGAAGCCAAUUUCGGUGCUUCUUCUAUCAGCCUUCCUUUACUCCCUUACGAUACCAACUCCUCCUGCCCUCUUCCCCCCCUCUUCCCCCUGGUGCUGUGCCUCGUGGCGAUGGAGAAGCCGGUGUCGGUACUGCCGGAGGACAUUCGUGACGAGAAGGUGCUGUGUCUCGUAGCAAUGGAGAAGCCGGUGUCAGUGCAGCCAGAGGACAUUCGGGACGAGAAGGUGAAGGUGCUGCGAGCCAUACAGCCCAUCAGGGAGGACGAGGUGGUGCUGGGGCAGUACGACGGCUACACCGAUGACCCCACCGUGCCAGAUGGCUCCCACACGCCCACCUUCGCGUCGCUUGUGCUGCGCAUCAAGAACGAGCGCUGGGAUGGGGUGCCGUUCAUAAUGAAGGCGGGCAAGGCGUUGGAGUCACGCAAGGCGGAGAUCCGAGUGCAGUUCCAUGACGUGCCGGGCGACAUCUUUGGCUGUGGGCGGAACUCGCGGGACGAGUUUGUGAUGCGCCUGCAGCCAUCAGAAGCCAUGUACAUGAAGCUCACGGUGAAGAAGCCGGGGUUGGAGAUGGCAGCGACGAUGAGUGAGUUGGAUCUGAGCUACAGCCAGCGCUACUCAGGAGUGGUCAUCCCCGAGGCCUACGAGCGCCUCAUCCUCGACAGCAUCAAUGGCGACCAGCAGCACUUUGUGCGCCGAGACGAGCUCAAGGCGGCGUGGGAGAUCUUCACGCCGCUGCUGCACCGCAUCGAUCAGGGCGCCCUCCCCCCGCUCCCUUACAAACAAGGCAGCCGGGGCCCCGACCACGCGGACGAGCUGGCGGAGCGCGUGGGGUACCGCCGCACUCAGGGGUACUGCUGGAUUCCGCCGACCCUCGCGGAAUAG